UCAAAGUAAUAGAUUUUUGAUCAGCCGUGCGUUUGAAGAAGCUGUUUUAUUUCCGCAAUCACAGACAGAAAUGAAAUCAAUGGUAUAUUAGAACUACUCCUAUCGACUUUAGUCACCCGUAUCCGUAUAUGUAUCAAAUCCAACUUUCAUGUAAUUUCUGCACAUUGUGAAGUGUUAUUUUAAUAUCUUCUUAAUUCAAAUUUCAUGCCAAGAAUCUUUUUUCUUUUUCUCACACGGAACUUUCCAUAUGCACCUGUCACAAACUUGUUGCACAAACGUAAGCGCAGUGUUUCACACCAAUAAGCUUAGUAUAAAACGAGUACGGAGGCAGUUUCGCAUGUACUCGCCUUCGAAGGUCAAGUGCGCGCGUCCGAGUCAUUGCUCCUCGCGCAUCGCAUAGUUGCGCCGGCGCACUCCACAAGAAACCUUCAGUUCGACGCGACGAUUCAAGAUGGCGUACAGGCCUCUGAUGUUUCUCUUGUUCUUAUGCAUGGCGCAAGCGCUCGCCAACAGCGAUGAUAGAUUCAUCAAAAAAUACGCUAUGAUGAAGAUUUAUGAAAGUUGUUUCGGUCCUGAAGUUGUAAAACAAAUCCGCAAAGAAAUGAAAGAAGCGUACGCUAAGUGUUCAGCGCCACCUGUUGAGGAAGCUCCGAACUCGCCGCAAAUUCCGUCUAUCUUGCUCGGCAAAUUGCCACUCGGUUUUUCCAUGGACCCUAACACGCAAACCAUUACUAAACCGCAAGAUGGCAGCGCUUUAAAUCAAGACAAAGAACAUGUUUCUCAAGAAUCACAGCCACAAAAACCGCCUCCAGGAUCUUUUCAAUUUAGACCACACGGGAAUCCGUUCCCUCAAGGGUCACCAAUACCUCCAUUCAUGAUGGCCACGCCACAGUUCCGACCGUUCGCGCCGGCUACCCCGUUCUACCAGUUCCCAUAUAACGCCCCGGGACUGUUCUACCCACCAAACAUGCAAUACAAUCCGUACGCAUACCAGCAGCAGUACCAGCAGAGCCUCUACCAACAGCCUUACUUCGGAAAUAACAGGAUGGCGCGCGAGAUAGAUCUGCGCGAGCGGCUGGACAUGAUCUCCCGCGGUCCAGCGGCCAGUAAGGUCCGAAAUAUCACCUGCGUGAUGCAGGAGUUAGGCUACAUAGACCACAACCUGGAACCGAACUACGAGCAGAUCACCCAACGGAUUGCUGACCUGCCGGUCUCUGUAGAACUCAAGGGAGAUAUCCAAGAUGGGUUGCAAUUCUGCAGGAAGUUUUCGCAAUGUGUACCAGAUGUGAAACGAGAUGUGGCGCCUUUAUCCCAAGAACUGAUCAAGCCGAUGUUCUUUUUCCGUUGCUACAAGCACAAGAAACUUGAAGCGUGCAUCAUGAAAGACAUCAGAGAAAGAUUUACAACAGAAGAAGAAUUAGACACCGACACCGAUUUUAGAUCGCUGUCAAGGUCAGCCAGGUCGAUAAAGGAUGAUUUCAGUGAUCCCCGGCUGGAGGCGCUCGACGAGAUGGCGGUGUACCUCUACGACUACCUCAGCCAAGGCAACGGCCUCGACUUCGACUGGAUGUAGAUUGUAGACUUAAGACUGACUUUUACAUUUACACACAGUAACAUAUUACUACAAAAGAUUAUUCUGCAAUC